ACACGAGGUUACAGGUCAAAAUGACUGAUUCCUUUUUUCUGCAUAUAAAAGCAUCAGUCAAUAAGUUUUUGAUGAAGGAGAUAUGAGGGGUUCUCUCAGUGACUUGACAUUCAACAUUUUGUUUGUAAAACAACAACGUCAGAAGUUAGGUUGAACAAGUUAGGACGUUAUUCUUUGGAGCGCAGAAGGUUAAGGGGGGAAUUGAUAGAGGUCUUUAAAAUUAUGAGAGGGAUAGACAGGAUUGACGUGGAUAAGCUUUUUCCAUUGAGAGUAGGGAAGAUUCAAACAAGUGGACAUGAUUUGAGAAUUAAAGGACAAAAGUUUAGGGGUAACAUGAGGGGGAACUUCUUUACUCAGAGAGUGGUAGCUGUGUGGAAUGAGCUUCCAGUGGAAGUGGUGGAGGCAGGUUUGAUUUUAUCAUUUAAAAAUAAAUUGGAUAGGUAUAGGAAUGGAGGGAAAGGAAUGGAGGGUUAUGGUCUGAGUGCAGGUGACAGUAAGUGUUCGGCACGGAGAUGGCCUGUUAUAUGGUUAUAAGUGUAAUAUUAGCAGAAGCAGAAAAUGCACAAAAAACACAUGAAUUAAUAGCAGGUUGGAAAGCACUCUUCAAAAGUAGUAACUUAAACAAUAGGACUGCAACUGAUCACUGUAUGUGGUUUUCUGUAAAAAGAAAUAAACAUGUCCACGUGUUAAAAAGAUGUUAAGAAACAACUUCUAAAAGAAGGUGUCCUCGGACAGUAUUAGUUGUGUGGACUGUAUUUAUUUAGACCAUUUCAGCAGCUGAAUGGAAAAUGUGUGGGAUGAUAAAUAGGUGUUAUUUAACACAGGGGGGUUAUAUAACAGGAAGUGGCAGGAAACCCAGAUACACAUCUCUUAGCAAAGGCUCUAGGGUCUUGGUUUUUCACUCCCUGAUGCAAGCAGAAUUGGUUUUAUAUUUCUGAGAACAUCUAAGCAGCCCACGCAACAAAAGAAGUGUCUCGGAUAAUUAAUUGACCUGAAGAAACGCCCACAGAUAGGGUACAGAUAGAUAAGCCACAGAAAAACAGCACCGUGGGUGAGAUGACAAUUUUGUCAUGUGGGCGCUUUUUUUAGAUGGUAAUCUGAUAAUUAAAUUAAUUGCAUGAUGCAAUUAAAGGUUACUAGUGAAUAUUCUCAGCAGGUUGAAGAAAUAUCCUUCAGAGGGUCAGGAUUUGACUAAAACAAGAGAUCUGAAGAAAUAAUUGGUUUGUCUCACCGGGCUUUGCUUUGAAACAAAAACAGUUCUACAGUCCCAUGAUUUUCAUCCCAUGCUGUAGGACUUCAACAGCGCAACCUCGCACUUCAUCAAGCACAUGCCAGAAUCUGCUGAAUUUCUAGUUAUGGCCCCAAGAGGAAUCCCUCACCCUAAGAAUGGGUCAAACCUUACGUCUGAAGAAAGGUCUCCACCUGAAAUGUCACCUAUCCAUGUUCUCCACAGAUGCUGCCUGACCCGCUGAGUUACUCCAGCACUUUGUGUCCUUUGGGGCCAAAUUUAAUUUUAGUUUAGAGAUAGAAACAGGACCUUCGGCCCACCAAGUACUCACUAACCAUCGAUCAUCCGUUGACACUAGUUGUAUGUUAUCCCACUUUCUCAUCCACUCCCUACACAUUAUGGACAAUUUUACUGAGAUCAAGUAAACCAUAAACACGCACGUCUCUGGGAUGUGGAAGAAAACCAAAUCACCCGGAGGAAAGUCACAUGGUGACAGGGAGAAUGUGCAAACUCCACACAGAAAGGACCCGAGGUCAGGAUGGUACCUGGGUCUCCAACUCUGUGAGGCAGCAGCUCUACCGGCUGCACCACUGUGUUGCCCCAAUGCUAUGGCUCAGGCCUUGAGUUAGGGUUGUUUGCAUUCAACAAUUUACAUUGUGUUUGAAGGUAAUGGAUAAACUGCAGUGUUGUUCUUUUACAUGGUUCAAUAAAAUCAUCCAGAUUAACAAAGUUAAAACAACUAGAAAUCAAAGAUUAAAAGCAUACCUUGCCCCCUCUUCACCUCAGUCUGGACAACUCCUUCAUUAUCUCAUUCUGAAAUUCUCCAGAAUUUAGUUGGAACCGUGUCACACCAUAAUACACUCUGAGAAUUCAUUGUUUCCAACAAAAGAUGAAAACUAAAAGAAAACCUACAUAGUUGGAAUUGAAAGUGUCUCAACGCUACCGAGUGCCACUAGUUUUUUUGAGGAACGAGCAUACAAUUUCGGAUCAGUGUAACGUUUUAUUUACCAGUAUAUUAUUCGCAACUCACAAUCACCGUAGUAAUAUUGGCUAGAAUUCAGCAUACGUCACACACAGGUCUGAUCUGCAUCAACAAGUUAACCGAUUCAUCAAAUCGGAUAACAGAAGCUAGACAUUUUGUUCGCAGAAGGGAGAUACUUUAAGGAAGGGUUCUUCCAGAACAUUUGACACAGGAUGUGCAACAUAUUGAAGAAGAUUCCAAGGUAACAGGUAAGAGGGUUGUAGAAGUGUGAACAGACGUUUUCCUGCAGAAUGUACUGAAACACAAUAGCCGUUUCUGAUAACCACUGCUCUUAGAUACAGUUUAGUUAAUUGUUACGUUUAUCGAGGUAGAGUGAGCAGCUUUUUUCUUGUGUGCUAUCCAGUCAACGGAAAGACUAUACACGAUUACAAUCAAGCCGUCCACAAUGACCACAGUGUACAUGUACAGGAUAAACGUGGAAUAAGCGAGUUUACCAAAAAACUUUGGAAGAAGAAUUGCAAUUAUCUUUUAAUCCGAAGCUUUUGGCGAAUAAUGUUUAUCCCAGGAGAAAUAAUGUUCAUGUUUAAAGCUGUUAACGAUUUGCAUUAUACGGUGAACAGGAGCUUUCAGCCGUUGAAAGUCAUUGGAACAAUACGGGUGGACACUGGGGAAUAACCCUGUUCUGUUUUGCGAGUGAGGACAUUGCAGGGACGCUGCCUUUACCGAGUCUCUGACUCCACAAUGCGAAAAUGUACGCUCUGUUUCCUAAUUUUCAGGACGCGACCUCUUGGCGACAGAUGUUUUUUAAGACGUGCGUAUUUGACCGUAGGAAGGGCACGGUCUGGCAAGUGGCGCCCGAACCCAACGAGCAGAUCGCGGGAAAGCCUUGUCCACGCAUUUCUGAGAUCUCCUCGCGUAUAGAAAGAAGAACUGGCAGUAAUUGUUAGACUAUUCUAUGGUUCGCCAUUACUGUUCUGUGAAUACUGACCCAAAUCUGAAAAUGAUUGUAACAUAGUAUUUAUUCAUCUCAAAUCGGUCAUAGGCGAAAGUCGUCGGGACCACUCUCGACAUCCAUGUGAACGGUAGCUAUUGCUAAGUGUGAGCUGAAGUUUGGAACGGCCAUUUGUAUUGGUUAAGUAUAAAGUGCACCCAGAAGGAUCAACAAUCGUGGACUUCUUUCUCCCUUUACCUGCAUCCAGAUCCCUUUGGAGAUAAUUUAAGCAGGAGCCGCUGCCAUAAACGGGGAGCAAAUACAGACUACACAGUAGAAACGUAAAUAAUGAAUGACUUCAUCCGUGUAAACAUGCUCGCAGUGCUUUCAGCACUCCAUUUACUGACACUCAGCGGUACAGAAAUCUCAGCCCGACCCGAUACAGUCAUUGAUGCCGUCGUUGGACAAGAUGUUCACUUCCCUGUGGAUAAUCUGUGUGAAGAUCAAAGUGAUGUAGCAUUUCAUUUACUUUCUCCGGUUGAUGCUAAAGUUGCUUCACUUGUAAAGAACAUAUCCGGGACCCUUCACCCAGUGUACGCAGACAGACUGCAUUGGGACGCGAGUAGAUCACCAGUGCUGUCCAAUGUGCAGGUGAAUGACAGUAAAAGAUAUGGGAUCCAAAUCGACUGCCCCAGCCAACAACUAACUACAGAGCAACGUGAAAAAACCUUCGAUGUGCAUGUGUUUGAGGCAGUUUCAAAGCCGGUGAUAACAAAAACUGGGAAUUGUUCAACUCCGAAUAUUACUCUGAGAUGCUCUGUCUCCAAUGGAACAAAUGUUACAAUCUGCUGGGAUAUUCACUCCUUGUUCAAUAGCAUAAACACAACCUGCAAUGGGCCAGAGCUGGUGAUACACCAUAUGAAAGAAGGAGAACAACAUAGAUGCAUAGCAAAGAACCGAGUCAGCAAUGCCAGUAGCGAACCAACAAUCAUAGAGCCAUGUAAUGGAAAUGUUUAUAAAUAUAAGAAACUACUUUGGCUCUUGGCUGCACCAGUAUUUCUUUUAAUUUUGGUUUUAAUCAUGCUCAGCAACCACAAAAUGAAAUAUGCUGUUAAUAAUAAAAGACACAAUAGAUCAAUACAAAGGUCUGAAGAGAAAAUGUUUUCUGUUCAACAUGAACUUAUUGAACCCACUUAUGUUACCAUGGUUGAUUCACGCUGAUGACUCGGCAUUAUCUGCAGAGUGACACUUGCACUGAUUGCCUCCAUGUGAAGAGAAGCUUAUGGAGCAAGUAACUAAAAAUUGGGAGAAAGCAAUUGAAUCUCACCAACGAUAAAAUGAGAACUAAAACGAAAUGAAUCACCAGACGUGUAUGCACCCAGGAGGCAGAGGCUGGAUGUUAAUGUGAAGCCUGGCAAUUUAUACUUCUGAAAUAGCCGAUUAUGUCAUUAUGUUUCUUCAGCAGAGAUCAGUACGAUCAUAUGUGCAUUUGUAAGAUAGGACUCGCAAAAUCUUCUGUGUUGAACAACUGCAUAUUAAGAAUAAGGAUUUGAUUCAUCUGUGUUCUGACACAAAAUACUCAUGUACAUACGUUCUGACCAAAAAAAACCCGCAGUACAGACAGAAAGUUGGGAUGGAGCAUCAUCAAUUUCAAUAAAAAGUUACCAGCUUUCCGUCCGCAGUGCUGGAUUUACAGACAGGGAACAUCUUCAAAAUCAUCUCCAUGAAAUCAAACCUUUUUUAUAGCAGCCAGAACAGAUUGAAGAUAAUUUGAUCAACUGAUAAAAGGUCAGUUGCUUUGACUGUUGGUUCACCAGUGUUGAGCAGUCAUUUGGUUUAUAAGAUCACCCAGAAUAUCAUCGUCUGCACUUCCAUCGAAGUGGAAGACGAGUUUGUGGAUUUAUGCCUAAAAUUCCUCAAAACCACUCUUUAGAAUUUAUCAUCAAUAUCAUCUAUUCUAGCAAGAAUAUGUGCUUUUCAACUUCUUGGUAAUCAGGAGUGAGGACAAAGCUGGACUAGUUUUGGGUUAGCAACCUGGUCGGCAUGGAUGAGUUGGCCCAUGGACUGUGUUCGAUGACUCUAACCAAAACACAGAUGUUUAUUCACCGUUAAAGAGAACAACAAAUAAAAGUCAUGUGGGGGUUUGGAAUUUUUUACCAAUACAAUCAUAAUUACUGUCAAAUAAUAUCUCCGGUGCAGAAAAUGUCAUUUUAAAAGUUUGAAAUCCUUCAACAUACAGUAUAUUGCAAAGUUUUGGCAAUUCAUUUUUUCAAAA